AUGCCAAGACUUAUCGCCAUCUGCGGGGCAACAGGCAACCAAGGCGGCUCGGUCGCGAAGCUCCUGCUUCAGCACCCUGACGUGUACCGCGUCCGCGCCCUGACGCGAGACCCUCAGUCGGCCCCAGCCCGACGCCUCGCAGAGCUCGGCGCGGAAGUAGUGCGCGCAGACCUCACAGUCCCAUCUGACUUGCACGAGGCGCUCCGUGGGUGUUGGGGCGUGUUCGGCGUCACUAACUUCUACGACUCGAAGAUCAAAGACGACCCCAGCAGCGAGGAGCGUCAAGGCAAGAACCUAGUCGACGCCGCUCUCGCGAACGGCGUACAGUGUUUCGUAUGGAGCACUCUCCCCAGCUCGCACGCGAUAUCCGGAGGUCGUCUCGUGUCCCAAAUCUACGAAGGGAAAUAUCAUGUCGACGACUACAUUCGAGCAAAGGGCUGCCCAGCCGUGUUUCUAUAUACCGGAAACUUCUACGAGAACAUGGUGUUCCGCUCGCACAUGCGGUAUAACCGCGAGUUGGACCGCGUCGAGUUCCAUCAAGCCAUCAUCAAGGAAACCACACAACUGGCGAUGCUCUACGUCCAGAAAGACCUCGGCGCGGUAACAAAAGCCGUCUUCGACCACUGGGACGUCCGCAAACACUCCCUAAACCACCAAUACCUCUACUGCGCCAACGCCCGCCUCACACCCCUCGACAUCCUCGCAUGCGUCAAGAAAUUGACAGGCAAGGACGGCGCGUACCACGCGCUGCCGACGACGGGCGUGCCCGACCGCGAUAUCAUGUUCCAUCUUUACAACGAGGCGGGGAUGUACGGCACGAAGGCCCUCCCAGAUGAGAACGUCCGCGCGCUCGGCGUGCACAUGCACGGCAUCGAUGACUUCGUGCGCGAAGUCCUCGCGCCGCAUCUAGGCUUACCUCUGCUGUGA